UAUAGGGGCUCAGGGGUAGAUCUGCUUCUAGCCCCAUGUGAAUCAGCUCCGCCCAAUGAACACACAGAGCCACGGCCUGGAGGUGCUGAGCUCCUGAGGUCGGACAGUCUGGCGCAAGAAGCCCUGGGUCCUGACGGAUGAGGGACCUGAGAAGACAGAAGGCCACAGAAUCCGACCUGCGGGGAGGCAUGCGACCCACCGCUGCCUCGGUUUCCUUAUCCGCUGCCACAGGGACCCAGGCUACCUUUAACUGAUUCCUUAGCCCUGAGCCCCAACCUGCAGGAGGCGGCCAGAGAAAGCAGCCGCAGUCCCUGCACUUCCCAAAAGCGCAGCUGAGAGCUUUCCCGGCCGGGCCCACGGGUAGCUGGAGGGUCAGAGCCUACGGAAAGGAUCCGCCUCUCCUAGCCUGGGGCUCAGCAGGGCGAAGGUUGGUUCCCAAGGCCACGUGAAGCGCCCAAGCAGACAAGACUAAUGUCAGAAAAAAGUUAAGAUCGUCCCGGCCUCUGCAACGCGGCGCCCCGCUGCCACCUUCAAGAGCGGCUCUUGCAACAGUUGUCACCGCCCGCGCCAGCGGGUCCUAAUCCAGACAGAGGUCACAGCGGAGGAGCGAUGUGCCACCGCGGUCCUGGCAGGAGCCUCAGGCCGCCAUCGCAGCUGCUGCUGCUGCUGCCAUUGCUGCUGCAGCCUCCCUGGGCGGCCGGCGCCGCCGGGAAGAGCAACCUAGCAGAAGUCCACUAUGCAACUGCAUACUGGUUCCCUGAAUCAAAGACAGUGGAAAUCAAAAUGGUACUGGACAAGAAUGGGGACGCCUACGGCUUCUACAAUGACUCCAUUCAAACCACAGGCUGGGGCAUCCUGGAGAUCAGAGCUGGGUACGGCUCUCAGACCCUGUCCAAUGACAUCAUCAUGUUUCUGGCUGGCUACCUCGAGGGCUACCUCACUGCUCUACACAUGUAUGACCACUACACGAACAUGUACCCACAGCUGAUCAAGAAUCCCUCCAUCGUGAAGAAAGUGCAAGACUUCAUGAAGAAGCAAGAACUGUGGACUAGAGAAAACAUCAAAGAACGGAAAGACGACCCGUUCUGGAGACACACCGGCUAUGUGGUGGCACAGCUAGACGGGCUGUAUCUUGGAGCGCAGAAAAGGGCUUUGGAAGAGAAAACAAAGCCCAUGACAAUGUUCCAACUUCAGUUCCUGAACGCUGUUGGUGACCUGUUGGACCUCAUUCCCUCCCUAUCCCCCACCAAAAGCAGCAGCAUGGAGAAGUUUAAGAUUUGGGAAAUGGGCCACUGCUCCGCUCUUAUUAAGGUUCUUCCUGGAUUUGAAAACAUCUAUUUUGCCCACUCAAGCUGGUACACAUAUGCAGCCAUGCUCAGGAUCUAUAAACAUUGGGACUUCAACAUCAAGGACUCAUACACCACCAGCAACCGGCUCUCUUUCAGCAGUUAUCCAGGGUUCUUGGAGUCUCUGGAUGACUUUUACAUUCUUAGCAGUGGCCUGAUACUGCUGCAGACCACUAACAGUGUGUACAAUAAGACCCUGCUGAAGCUGGUGGCACCCAAGACUCUCCUGGCCUGGCAGAGAGUCCGUGUGGCCAACAUGAUGGCAAACGGUGGUAAGGAAUGGGCACGGAUAUUUUCACAGUACAACUCCGGUACCUACAACAACCAGUACAUGGUCCUGGACCUGAAGAAGGUGACCAUCAAGAAGAGCCUUGACAAAGGGACUCUUUAUAUUGUGGAGCAAAUCCCUACAUACGUAGAAAGUUCCGAUCAAACCAACGUCCUGAGAAAAGGAUAUUGGGCUUCAUAUAAUAUUCCUUUCCACAAAACAAUCUACAACUGGAGUGGCUACCCACUGCUGGUUCACAAGCUCGGUUUGGACUACUCUUAUGACUUAGCGCCACGUGCCAAAAUCUUCAGGCGUGACCAAGGAAACGUGACAGACAUGGCUUCCAUGAAAUACAUCAUGCGAUACAACAAUUACAAGGAGGACCCCUACAGCAAGGGUGAUCCCUGCAGUACCAUCUGCUGUCGAGAGGACCUGAAUGGAGCCAGACCAAGCCCUGGAGGAUGCUAUGACACCAAGGUGGCAGACAUCUUCCUUGCAUCUCAGUAUAAAGCCUAUGCCAUUAGUGGUCCCACAGUACAAGAUGGACUCCCACCUUUUACCUGGAGCCAGUUCAAUGAGACGCUCCAUCGGGGGAUGCCAGAAGUCUUUGACUUUAAUUUUGUUACCAUGAAACCAAUUUUAUCAUAGGACAAAAAGUGAGACACGGAGAUGAGAACACCAAAGGCACUCUCAGCUAUAUUUUCCCAUCUAUACUCUUAAUAAAAAAUAUUAAAUUCCCA